AGCCAUAGAAUCGUAGAAACAUUCAAUUUACUCCAAUGCGCGCCGCGCAAUUGCUAUCCGUGCCAUCUUCAUACUUUCUGCUCUAAAAGAUACACGAAAUCGUCGCUUACCGAAGCACCCUUUGACUACUACCACUACAACAAUUUCUCGACUGCAAAUUUACCUUCAUCUAUAUAGUAGCGAAAUGUCGUCUAAGAAGACUGAUGAGCCUAGCAAAGCCGCGGGUAACGGUACAGACGAGCUCACCGCCGUUGUCGAAGAGCUCCUGGACUCACUCUCGACCAAGUUCACUACUGUCUCGUCUGAGAUCUUCGCAAAGAUGGACGAUAUGACACGACGCCUGGACAAUCUCGAAUCUGCACUUCAAGCAAGUGAGGAAAAGUUGUCUAAUGUAACUCCGAAACGAGAGUAAGGGUGAAUUGGACGAACGUAGAAUUAAGGCAUCAUUUAGGCAUUGCGUGGCGUUGUGGUAGGAUUGAUAAGUACAUCUAUUGCGAUUUGCUUAGGAUGAACGACUAUGGUCAAUACCGUAACCAUAAUACGUAGCUCAGAUUAAGAGACUCGUUUUUCGUUAUUCGUUACAAAAUGCUUGCUCGGCUAAUUUUUUCCUCUAAGAGUUAUACUAUAGCUCAUCCUUGCCCGCCACCUUCUCCGCAACCUUCUCGGCAGCUUGCUGUGUGUAUUGCUUGAGGAUGUUGGUCUUGCUCUGUAGCUCGUCUAACUUAGAGGGAGCUAGACCGCCCUUCCUGAUGAUGCCGUCCAAGCGGGCCGACUCCUUAGCAACGUAACCCUCAUUCUGCGACAGCUUGUCGAACACCCUGAGGUAGU